AUGGCCAAACGCACCUUUUCCAGCUUCGAAAUAUUCCUGAUUUUCCUCCUUGUGAUGAUGACAGGGAUCACGGUGGCUCUUCUCAGUCUGUUGUUUAUCACCAGUGGGACCAUUGAGAAUCACACAGGUGUUCCAUCCACGCAGAGCCCUCCAGCUACCCAGGGCUCUGCAGCCCCUCAAAACUCAACACCCUCCCGGGCCCCCACAACUACCCAGGUAUCUCCAACACCCAGCACCCCAAAGACUACCCUGUUUCAGAACUUCAGUGGCUACCAUAUUGGUGUUGGGCGAGCUGACUGCACAGGACAAGUAUCAGAUAUCAAUUUGAUGGGCUUCAGCAAAACUGGCCAGUAUGCACGGGGCAUCCUCACGAGGUUGUACAGUCGUGCGUUCAUCAUGGCGGAGCCGGAUGGGUCCAAUCGCAUAGUGUUUGUCAGCAUCGACAUAGGCAUGGUAUCCCAGCGACUCAGGCUGGAGGUCCUGAGCAGGCUGCAGAAUAAAUACGGCUCCCUGUACAGAAGAGACAAUGUUAUUCUGAGUGGCACUCAUACACACUCGGGUCCAGCAGGAUAUUUCCAGUACACAACAUUUGUAAUUGCCAGUGAAGGAUUUAGCAAUCGUACUUUUGAGUACAUGGUCACUGGCAUUGUGAAGAGCAUUGAGAUAGCACACACAAAUAUGAAACCAGGCAAAAUCUUUAUCAAUAAAGGGACUGUGGAUGGUGCACAGAUCAACCGAAGUCCUACUUCUUACCUUUGGAAUCCACAGUCAGAGAGAGCAAGGUAUUCUUCAAAUACAGACAAGGAAAUGGUGCUCUUGAAAAUGGUAGAUCUGAAUGGAGAAGAGCUGGGUCUUAUCAGCUGGUUUGCCAUCCACCCAGUCAGCAUGAGAAACACCAAUCAUCUUGUAAACAGUGACAACGUAGGCUAUGCAUCUUACCUUUUUGAACAAGAGAAGAACAAAGGUUAUCUGCCUGGAGAGGGACCGUAUGUAGCAGCUUUUGCUUCAUCAAAUCUGGGAGAUGUUUCCCCCAAUGUUCUUGGCCCGCAUUGUACCAACACGGGAGAGUCUUGUGAAAACGCCAAUAGCUCUUGUCCCAUUGGUGGGGCUAGCACGUGUGUUGCUAUGGGACCUGGGCAGGAUAUGUUUGAAAGUACACAAAUCAUAGGACGGAAAAUAUAUGACAAAGCAAAGGAACUGUAUGAGUCCGCCUCCCAGGAGGUAACUGGGCCACUGGCUUCAGCUCAUCAGUGGGUGAAUAUGACGGAUGUCACCGUCUGGCUCAAUUCAACACACACAGCAAAAACGUGUAAACCAGCCUUGGGCUACAGUUUUGCCGCUGGCACAAUCGAUGGAUUUGGAACCCUCAAUUUUACUCAGGGGAUGACAGAAGGGGAUUCAUUUUGGGACACUCUUCGGGAUCAGGUUCUGGGCAAGCCAUCUGAAGAAAUCAAAGAAUGCCAUAAACCAAAGCCAGUCCUCCUUCAUACUGGAGAGCUGUUAAAGCCUCAUCCCUGGCACCCAGAUAUUGUUGAUGUUCAGAUUGUUACCCUUGGGUUCUUGGCCAUCACUGCCAUCCCUGGGGAGUUCACGACCAUGUCUGGACGAAGACUUCGGCAGGCAGUUCAAGAAGAAUUUGAAGCUUCUGGGAUGCUGAAUAUGACUGUUGUUAUUUCAGGUCUAUGUAAUGUAUAUACACACUACAUUACCACAUACGAAGAAUACCAGGCUCAGCGGUACGAGGCAGCAUCCACAAUUUAUGGACCACAUACUCUGUCUGCGUACAUCCAGCUUUUCAGAGUCCUUGCUAAGGCCAUUGCUACGGAUACUGUAGCCAAUCUGAGCAGUGGUCCAGAGCCUCCGUUUUUUGAACAACUGAUGUCUCCAUUAAUUCCAGAUAUUGUGGAUAGAGCGCCUGCAGGCACAACUUUUGGGGAUAUCCUGCUGCCAGCGAACGCUACAUACAGAGUGGGAGAAGUUGUUGAAGUUACCUUUGUAGGUGCUAACCCAAAGAAUUCAGCAGAAAACCGGACACAUCAGACCUUCCUCACUGUGGAGAAAUAUGAGGCCACAUCAGCAACAUGGCAGAUAAUACAUAAUGAUGCCUCCUGGGAGACUCGUUUCUAUUGGCACAAAGGAUUACUGGGUCUUAGCAAUGCAACGAUACAGUGGCACAUUCCAGAUACUGCCCAGCCUGGAACCUACAGGAUAAAAUACUUUGGACACAGUCGGAAGCAGGACUUACUCAAGCCCGCUAUCCUACUUUCGUUUGAAAGCAGUCCCUCUGCUUUUGAAGUCAUAACUACUUGGUGA